AUGUCGAGCCAACCUCUUCUUCAAUCGGCUCCUGGCAAGCGGAUUGCACUCCCAACCCGAGUCGAGCCCAAGGUCUUCUUCGCGAACGAGCGAACCUUCCUCUCAUGGCUGAACUUCACCGUUAUCCUUGGUGCCCUUGGAGUUGGCAUGCUGAACUUUGGUGACUACGCCGGUUUCUGGUCAGCUCUAGGGUUCAUCACCGUUGCGGUCUUGGGGGCAUGCUAUUCGCUGUACACAUAUCACUGGAGGGCGAGGGAGAUCAGACGGAGAGGACAAGGCGGUUUCGAUGAUCGAUUUGGCCCGACUGCUCUUAUGAUCUGUCUCUUCUUUGCCAUCAUUGUCAAUUUCGUUCUGCGCGUCGUUUACCCGGAUCAGGAUUCAAAGAAGCAUUAG